AUGCAGUGGAAGUCACUCCUUCUUUACGGCGCCAUCGCCGAGUCGGCCCUGGCUCGUUCGCACGGCCACCAGCGCCGGCAGCAUUCCCACGGCCACGCCGAACGUGCCCCGGAGGCACACCUGGCUGCCCGGGAAGUGGUCGUGGAGACUGUGGUGAACUACCACACGAUCACCAUGACCAGCACCAUUACGGGUGUCGCCCCUACUGUCACUACCCAUGAGGAUGCAGCCACUACCACGUCCGACGCCGCUGCCACCACCACGUCCGACGCCGCUGCCACCACCUCUGCCACCGAGGCAGCCGCCUUCGUCGAACUCGACCUCGAUGAAGAUCUCGCCAUCAGCGCCAGCCUGAGCCUCGGCCUCUCCAUCGGCGGCUCUGAGGCCACCACCACCUCCAGCGCCAGCAGCAGCAGCACCAAGGCCCAGGCACACACCACCACGACCACCAGUGCUGCCGCCAGCAGCAGCAGCGCCGCCGGUGUCAGCUCCGCGUGGUACACCUACCCGACCAACGGUGUCUACUCGACCAGCGGCUUCGGGGCGCGCACCAACACCACCAGCAGCAGCGGCGACACCUACGUCGGCAACGUCGGCAACCCCUGGGGCAGCAACAUCAUUGAGGUCAGCGCCAGCGAGGCGUGGCAGUACAAGUACGUGGUGCAGUUCACCGGCCAGAACAGCGAGGACUGGUUCGUGAGCAUCUGGAACAAGAUCGGCCCCGACGGAGCCGACGACGGCUUCUUCGGCCACUCCGCCCUGAACUUCACCCUUGCCUCCGGCGAGACUCGCUAUGUGGCCUUCGACGAGAACUCCCAGGGCGGCUGGGGUGCGGCCGAGGGCUCCAGCCUGCCCACCAACGACUACGGCGAGUACUCGUGCACCUGGGGCGAGUUCGACUUCGGCGACGAGGAGAACAGCAGCUGGUCCGGCUGGGAUGUCAGCGCCAUUGUCGCCGAGGAGGCUUCCCAGACCAUCCAGGGCAUGAAGCUCUGUCGCCACGGCACCAGCACCGGCUGCUCGUACAUCACCUCGGGCGGUGACACCGUCGAGAACGCCUACACCCCCUCCGAGAGUUCGGUCGGUGGCAUCGGUGGCUCGGUCAGUGCGGGUCCUCUGCGUCUGGCUGCUGUCAUUGACUACUCUGGUUAG